CUCUCCUUGCAUAUAAGCAUCGUAACAUUUCCUGUGCACGUUCAGUUCUACUUGUAACUAGUUCCUAAUCGUGGCCGAAAAAGGAAGUGUUCAAGAUAUUAUCGGAGACAUGUUUGGAAAAAAAGUGUCAUUGCUGUUGUGGUUUCUUCUCGUUGCCAGGACUUUCGAUCUAGGAACUGCUGCCAUUGAUGUGAAUUACCAAAAUGAUACAACGACAACGAAUUCAGAUCAAGACAAGAAGAACUCUUCGGAUCUGACGAGCUCAGAAUCUUCGUAUAGUAACCUAUAUAAAUAUACUAUUCAAAAUCUCUUGCCCGUUACUUCGACGUUCAGCACAUUCUUGACGUCACCUACCGUACAUCAUGUUUUUCCUCUACCACGACGAAUGACUUGUGGUGAUACGUUCAAUGGACAAUGUCAGAGAAAUAGAUAUCGUAGUUUUGAUGGCACUUGCAACAAUCUAUUCAAUCCUACGUGGGGUGCAGCCAAUACACGAUACGGACGUCUUCUUUUACCCAAUUAUGCAGACGGAAUCCAAGCACCAACAAGGUCAGUUACAGGAAACGAAUUACCUCUAUCACGGUUGGUCAGUUUUACACUCUUUCCUAGUGUCGCUAUCAAGGAUAAUAAAUUAACAUUGGCUGCUAUGCAGUGGGGUCAGAUUAUAACUCACGAUAUGGCCUUGAUCGCUGGAUCUACACAAUCAAAUCCUCAUAGUAUUCAAUGCUGCACGCCAGAUGGUCAUUUAUUGCAUCCACUAGUAAGUGAUUCCAAGUGCUACCCCAUCGUUAUACCUAACAAUGAUCCAGAUUACAGCAGAUCCAACAUACAAUGUGUAAACUUCGUUCGUAGCAUUACUGAUCUUGACCGUGGUUGCAAGCUAAGAUACAGUCCUGCUGCGGAACAGUUAACAACCGUUACACAUUAUCUGGAUCUUUCGAUCGUUUAUGGAUCAAACGAUCAAGUUGCGAAUAGUUUACGUGCCAAUAUUGCUGGACGGAUGCGCGUAGAUAUUCGUAGUAAUAGGGAAUGGCCACCAGCUGCGACAAACAAGUCAAAUACUUGUAAUCUCUCUAGUCCGGAUGAAGUUUGUUAUCUAUCUGGUGAUUCUCGUAUAAAUCAAAAUACCCAACUAACAGUAUUGCAGAUUUUGUUACUCAGAGAACACAAUCGUAUAGCUAGUAUACUGGCAAAUUUGAAUCCACAUUGGUCAGACGAAACAAUUUAUCAGGAAACUAGGCGCAUUGUUAUUGCGGAACAUCAACAUAUAUCAUAUUACGAAUGGCUACCAUUAUUUCUUGGUAUCAAGCAGACGUACGAUAACAAUAUUCUUUACAAGACCAAGGGUCAUGUAAACGAUUACGAUUUUCGUGUUGAUCCAAGUGUUCUUAAUGAGCAUUCCACUGCUGCAUUCAGAUAUUUCCAUUCUCUUAUUGCAGGCUAUCUCCAAUUGAUAAAUGAGGAAAGACAAUCAGUUCCAUUCCCAUUAAGACUCAGUGAUUAUUUGAAUAAACCCAGCAUUAUUGAAAAAAAUGAUAACAUGGAUGAACUUACCAGAGGAUUAUCUUAUCAAGCACAAUUGGCCAGUGAUCAAUUUUUUGACAAAGAAAUAACAUUAUACCUGUUCAAAGGUAAUAAACCAUUAGGCGAAGACUUACGUGCCAUAGAUAUACAUAGAAAUCGUGAUCAUGGACUCGCAUCAUAUAACGAUUUUCGAGAAUAUUUUAAUCUAGGAAGAGCCAAAGAUUGGAACGAUUUUAGUGACAAUAUAUCUCAUGAUAAUAUUCAAAAAUUGGCGAGUCUUUAUGCUCAUCCUGAUGAUGUAGAUUUGACUGUUGGGGGAUCUUUGGAAACACACGUACCAGGAACUCUUUCUGGUCCUACUUUCCUUCGUAUUCUUAUCGAACAAUUCUAUCGAACGCGAGUCGGCGACAGAUACUGGUACGAAACUGGCGAUCCUGAUGUGGCAUUUACCAAAGAACAAUUAGAAGAAAUACGAAAGGCUAGUAUAUCGAAACUACUUUGUAACAAUGGUGAUAAUAUUCAAUUAAUGCAACCCAAAGGAUUCGAACUUGUCUCCGACUCAAAUCCAAUUGUUAAAUGCACAGAUCUUCCGGACAUAGAUUUAUCAUUAUGGAAAGAUCAUGGACCUAAAAAGAAGAAUAUUUAUGAAUCUAUUUUCGAUUAUUAUAGAAAAUUAAAGAAUGACAUAGUAGUAUAUUUUAAGUAAAAACAUCCUCACCAAAUGGUCAAAUUUUUCUUUUUAUUAAUUGUUAAAGUUCUAUUAUAGGUAUUGUUAAGUAAAUUUGUAUAUAAAAAAACUUACAUAAAAAUAUAUACAUAUAUUGUAUAAAACUCCUAAAAUGAAUUUACUGGCACCUGCAUGUUCGAAAAAAGACAAUAUAUAAAAAAAUAUA